UAAAAUUACACUCCUGCCUUUGGAUACAGAACAUCUGGGCAGAGCAAGAAACCUCCCCUCCUCGGCUGUGUCGCAUCGCUCGCUAGUCCCACCACCAGCCAGACGCUGAAUCAGACGCAGACUCUCACACACUCUCUCACACACACACACACACACAUACACACACACACACACACUCGCACACACACCAGGCAGCCCUGCUCCAGGAUGCAUCCCGCUCUCCUGCCUCGUUCGCUGCCCUUGCUGGUGCUGACUGCCCUGGUCUACGUCCAGUCGUACCCUUACGACCCUUACGGUCAGUCCUACCCUCACGACCAGCCCAACUACGUCUACGGCGAGCCGUGGGUCAACCAGUUCCGCCAGGGCUUCAACUUCCAGUGCCCGCACGGCGAGGCACUGGUGGCCAUCCGCAGCUACUUCAGCGAGAAGGAGGGCAUGGACCGGGUGUGGAGCUUCGAGUGCCAACGCACGCCCUACGGCCUCGGAGAGCCCACCGACUGCUGGUGGGACGACAUCAACCGCGCCGGGUUGGAAUGGACUUCCAUGUGCUCCAAUAACGGUCUGGUGGCCGGCGUGCAAAGCCAGUACUUUAGCGCAGUUCUGGACCGCGAGUGGCAGUUCUAUUGCUGCCGAUACAGCCGCCGCUGCCCAUACUCCUGCUGGAAAACCCAGGAGAAUCCUAACUACUAUCAAGAAGAAUCUGACUUUGUCGUCCCAAGCUACGGCUACUUCAUCCGAGGGGCCAGCACUACUUUCAGUGGCGUGCUCAGGGAUCGGCAGUGGAAGUACACCCUGUGCAGGAUGACAGAGCACGACUGUCACUUUGAGAAUUUUUAACUCAAGUGAGAGCAAAAAAAAAAGUUGUGAGUUCAACUCACAGAUGGUGCUUGCACACACACAUUUCUUUUUAUACAUUUUCAUAUUUGAAACCACUAUUACUCUUGUAAAUGGAAAGUAUCUGUAAAAAACUAACUCUAUUAUAUUGUUUGACUGACACUGUGUAAUGUAGGCUAGUUGUGUCCUAGUGUGUUAUCGUUUUGUUUCUUUAUGAUCUUAAUCAAUCUUUGUUGUUAUUUACAUUUAGAUAGAAAUACACAAACAUAUUACAACACAUUCAUGAUGUCAUGUCAGUGAUAUAAACACUUGUAAUAAAACUAAUAAAAUGAUACUGCCCUA